AAGGAGCCUGACAGGUGGCACAACUGCAGGCAACGACGAUAUAAAGAAAAGCCCAGCACCUUCCCGUGCCUUCCUCGUAUCCAAACUCUCCUUUACCCCAAUCUCGUGAGCGGCGACGAACUUUGCCACCGAUUUCGAUCCUUUUUUUUGGCAGCGUGUAGUGACGCGAGAGAGAAAUGGCGAGCAAGAGGAGCGUGGGCACCCUGACGGAGUCGGAUCUGAAGGGGAAGAAGGUGUUCCUCCGCGCCGAUCUGAACGUGCCGCUGGAUGACAGCCAGAAGAUCACCGACGACACCCGCAUCCGCGCGUCGGUUCCCACCAUCAAGUUCUUGAUGGGGAAGGGCGCCAAGGUCAUCCUGGCCAGCCAUCUGGGUCGCCCAAAAGGUGUAACCCCGAAGUACAGCUUGAAGCCUCUUGUUCCGCGCUUGUCUGAGCUUCUUGGUGUUGAUGUUGUGAUGGCCAAUGACUGCAUCGGUGAGGAAGUCCAGAAAUUGGCUGCCACUUUACCAGAUGGUGGUGUUCUGCUUCUAGAAAAUGUUCGGUUCUACAAGGAGGAAGAGAAAAAUGACCCUGAAUUCGCCAAUAAGCUGGCAUCUGUUGCUGACCUUUAUGUAAAUGAUGCCUUUGGCACAGCACACAGAGCUCAUGCUUCAACAGAGGGAGUUACGAAGUAUUUGAGACCUUCUGUUGCUGGUUUCCUCAUGCAGAAGGAACUUGACUAUCUUGUUGGAGCUGUUGCCAACCCCAAAAAACCAUUUGCUGCCAUUGUUGGUGGAUCCAAGGUGUCAACAAAGAUUGGGGUGAUUGAGAGUCUUUUGGCAAAGGUUGACAUCCUCAUACUGGGUGGUGGUAUGAUCUAUACAUUUUACAAGGCUCAGGGAUACGCUGUUGGAAAAUCUCUUGUGGAGGAAGACAAGCUCGAAUUGGCUACCUCGCUUAUUGAAAAAGCCAAGUCAAAGGGAGUCUCCCUAUUGCUUCCAACUGAUAUUGUAGUAGCUGAUAAGUUUGCUGCGGAUGCAGAGAGCAAGACUGUUCCAGCAUCUGCUAUCCCUGAUGGUUGGAUGGGCCUUGAUAUUGGCCCAGACUCCAUCAAGACUUUCAGUGAAACUUUGGAUACUACCAAGACUGUCAUCUGGAAUGGGCCUAUGGGAGUGUUCGAGUUUGAGAAAUUCGCUGCUGGCACUGAUGCAAUUGCCAAGAAAUUGGCUGAUAUCACCGCCAAAGGUGUUACAACGAUCAUUGGAGGUGGCGAUUCUGUUGCUGCUGUCGAGAAGGCCGGGUUGGCGGACAAGAUGAGCCACAUUUCAACGGGAGGUGGCGCGAGCUUGGAACUGUUGGAAGGCAAGACCCUCCCAGGAGUCCUUGCUCUUAAUGACGCAUAAGACUGGUGGCAAGCAUAUGACGCAAUUUCCCUAGCCUUUUGCGGUGGUCUUGUUCGGACCUUGGUGUAAGUUUGUAAGAAUGCAAAGUCAGUCGUCUGCUACCUUUGAACUUGAAAUAGGCUUCGCUUCAGGUAUUGCUAGAUGACAGUGAAUAAUAAUAAGCUUUUGGCGUCCUCGGCAUGAGAGAAAUGCCCGGCACAAACAAACUAUAAUGGUGUACUAUAUUUUGCCAUAUUCUAGUUGCAGCAGUUUACACUAAGCUAUAAUAUCGCUCUUGCUGUUAUGAAUGAGACCUGUACAUGUUGUGUAUGGAGACAAAUGCCACUGUGCAUACUGUUUUAAGCCUUCUCAGGUGAAGCUUCUGGGCUGCCAGUUUGGUUU